AUGGCUGUCACGGCCCCAGACGGGACGCAGGCUGCUUUGGACCCCAUUGACGCCAAUCCUCCCGUCGCACCCGGCAAAAGGAAACGCGACUCUGCUGAAGCGGAUGGCAUUACCGACAACGAACAGGACACCAAGGCAGCGAUUGGAACUGAAAUCCGUCGCGAUCAGACUGCUUUGAUAGACUCCUGCUUCCGGGUCCUUCAGAGUUUCGAUCUCGAACCUUCUCUGCUCAAAAGACCGUUACCAGACACCACGCCUGAUGACGAGCCCGAAACGAAACGCCAGAAAUCUGCUGAGCCUCCAACGCUACGGAGUAUCGACGACAAGUUCACCGGGCACUUCUACGCCCAUGUCAGCGAUCUGGUCAAUGAUGUGGCUGCUGUUGUAAAGUCCUCCCUCGCUGAAGCCGAAUCGCAGGGCUCGUCUGGCGCGGACCUAGUUGCGCGAAUACGUGACUUUCGGACCAAGGCAGUUGGUCUAUUGCGACGAGAGGAGGCAUACCCGCAAACAUCAUCGGGCUCGGCAAAUGAUCUUGACGAUGACAGUGGUGCGCGUGAAGUAUUAUCAUUGUUCGGCCUUGCACCGCAGGAGAAGCGACUAUUCUCGAGCCUUGCCGACUCUCGAGCUGCCCACCUAUCAGACGCCAACCUACCUGCGGGCAUUUCCUUGACACGGGUCUACCCAAGCACAUCUCAAGAAAGGGUGCUUACUUUGGGGGAGCUUUUCCCAGCGCCACGCGCCUUGCCCGCCUUGCAGCCGCCCAAGCAGCCCAAGACGCAGGCCAAGGGCAACCAACUCGACUUCUAUCACCCCGAGCUGACGGACAAGUCGCAGUAUUGGAGCAACUCAUAUUUCGGAUCGAAGCUGUCUGCUGGCCACUAUCUGGACUACAGUCAUGCAACUCCGUCCGCGAGUGCCAAAGCGCGGCAACAUGAGCGAGUCAAGAGUCUUGCGGGAAAAAAGCCAUCAGCAACUGAGGUCCAGAUGUCUGAGAUGGAAACUUUAUUCCGGGGCGCAUUCUCGAGUUUUGCCCCCUGCAAGGACGACUCAACGGCUGUCGUACCAGCAAGCGUGGCGGGCCGCGUCUGGUGGCAACGAGCAGGCCAACAGAAUUUCCAAAACAUGAUUGAAAUUGACUACUACGGCCUUGAUGACGGUAACCAGAACGCAGAUGAAGUUGAUCUGGAUGAAUCUGCAGUUCGUGAGGCCAUCGACAACUGGGACGAGGCUGUUGUGGACCCGACUCUGGAGGACGCCAUGGGCGCCAAGCGCGACGAUGCCGAGAAGGAAGUGGAAGAAAUUCUAGAUGAGGUCAGCGACCUCAUCGAGACACUAGCGUCUUACCAACGCAUUCGAAACCUGAACCUGCCUAACUCGCAAAAUCGCCAGAGCAGCGAUCCGGUGGCAGGCGAUAUGCUGGCCACGGCGGGGCCACAGGUUGCUGAGGAGGAGCGGGCCACCUACCAGGUACUCAAGGCGCAGCUGUCUCUGAUCAUCAAGACAUUGCCGCCAUAUGCUGUGGCCAAGCUCAAUGGCGACCAGUUGAACGACCUCUUGAUCAGCACGAAGCUCGAGGUUUCAACUGACCAAUACAAAGGCGUCAUGGAAGAGGAUGAUGCUGCAGCGCAGGCUAGGUUACGAGCGCAGCAAACGGCCCCAGCAUCUCAGAGACAACCACAACGCACACCAAGUAUAUCCUACGCCAACCACUACCAGCCAAGCAACCAGUAUGGCACGCCACAGCGACCACCCUCGCAAUCACAACAGUAUUACCGAGGUGGACCAACUCCAGGCUUCCAUGGCAACUACCAACAACAGCGACAGCAAUACCCCACGGCGUCGACGCCUCAACAGCGUCCACCUUCGAACCAGUACUCCCGACCUAACGGGUUCCCCAGUCAAUAUGCAUCGCAGCUCUCGAAGGCGCAGACGCCCUUUGGCCAUCAGAAUAUGCCUCAGUACGCGAAUCAGCAGCAACGGCAGCAGUAUGGGCAGAUGGCGCAACAAGGGACACCGGGGACGAGUAGAUUCAGCCAAUAUCAAACGCCAAGCUACCCGCAGCAGCAACAGCAACAACAACAACACCAGGCGGGUACCCCUGGCCAGGGCACAUUCAGCCAAUACACGAAUGGGAGUGGAGUGCAGCACCAGCAGGGACUCAGCCCUUCGCCUAGGAUGCAGCAUCAUCAGCCACCUCAGCGCUAUGGAACCCCGAACCAAGGGCCGAGAUACCAAGGAGGUUCUGCUUCGCAGCCUCCAGCGCAGCAACAACCAACGCAGCAGUCGUUGGGCUACCACACCGUCAUGCCAGAGUCGCAGCAGCAGGCUGUCUUGGAGCAGGCUAGAGCCCGGGUGACUGCCCAUGAGCGAGCAGCGAAUCACAUGGACAAGAGUGUGGCUGUUCCGCCGAGAGCCAACUCGGGGACACCGACCCCGUUGGGCGCCAACGGAACUCCGAUACCUCGCAAAGUGACGCCCGUACCUCUACCGCAAAUGGUCGCCCAUCAACAGCAGCAAAAGCCCUCUUGA